UUUAAAUCUAGUAUAUAAACAAGAAGCACAUACAUAAAAGAUAUAAAUAACUUAUGUUAAGUAAUAAUAAUAACAAUAAUAAUAAUAAUCAGCAACUGUCUUAUUAUCAAGGAUCGUCUUCUAUUGCGGCAAGGAUCCAAGGUUAUCAGCCUCAUCAUCAAAUUUAUCGCUGUUAUUAUCAUUCACCAAAUUCAUUAAAUAGUAGUCCACUUUCAAGUCCUCAAAUAUUAAGUCAUUAUUAUCCACCCAUUAUGGACACAUAUCAUCAAUUACAACAGCCUAUAUUAUCUCUGUCUCCAUCUCCACCUACUUCUUGUUUAUCUAUAAACAAUAAUAACACUAUGUCAAGUAAUGUAAAUACUAUUCGCUACGAUAUAGCACUUGAAGCACCAACUGCGGCAUCUCAGAAAAUAGAUGAAACUCCUUUAACUUAUUUAAAUAAAGGUCAAUAUUACAUUAUUACUUUAAAAGAUAAAGAUAGAUAUGAUGGUGAUAUUAUCAGUACUGUAUCUAUUACUUUUCAUGAAGAAAGUUAUAGAGCUAGUGCAAAAGAUUAUUGGAAAUUCUGGUUAACUCAACAAAAAAACACGAAUGAUGCUAAAGCUAUUGAAAUAGACUUGACAAGGUCUAAUGGUGCACAGGCUAUAGAAGGAAAUAGACAAUUUGAUCGUAUAUCAUUCAGAUGGAAUGGUAAAUUAGGUGCAUCUGUUCAAAUUCGCUUCAAUUGUCUUUCAACUGAUUUUUCACGCAUUAAAGGUGUGAAAGGUAUCCCUUUACGUCUUCAGAUCGAAAGUGAACAACAACCACAACAACCUGCUACUUUACCUCAUAUGAUAAGAUCUCCUUCUCAACAAAUAGAAAGAACCUUUUGUCGAAUUAAACUCUUUCGUGAUAAAGGCGCAGAACGUAAAAAUAAAGACGAUGCUAAACAUAUUGAACGUCAAUUAGAAAAACUAAGAGGGAAAAGUGGUGAACCGCAUCCUCUUUGGUUAGCUUAUUCUCCAACAUCUCCUAUCACUCUUUUUAGGGAAAUCGUAUCACCUGAUGAAUUUGAUAAUCAUCCUUUACUCUUAGACGAUCAUCGACCUAUGCUUCAAAUGCCCAACAAUAAUAAUGGUCUUCUUUUACCUCUACCAAGUUCAAUGAAACGAAGUUUUCAUAAUGAUAGUCUCUUGAUGGGUGUCAAUAAUAAUAAUACAAUAGGUAUUGAUCCAAAUUAUAUUCCACAGAGAAGGCGUCGUCUAGCAAAACUAAGCAUUCUGGUUAAAUUUCCUUCUACAGACGUGUAUCGUGCCAUCUACUUGGAACAUCUAACAGUGAAAGAACUGAUCGAUAAAUUGACUCAGCGUAUGGAAGUGGAUAAAGAGAUCGCAAAUGUACUUCGUAAAAUCGAAACAAAAGAUAAAAAAUCACUGAUUGUCAAAGUGGAUGAUGAUGUCAUACAGGAUAUGAAUGAAGAACAAGAUAUACAACUUGAAAUUGAAGAAAACCCGGAGGAUACAAAUACUAUGAAUUUAAUUUUAAACUUUUAACAUUUCAUUCCCUCUUUAUACAUAUAUAAAUAGGCUUCAUCAUCAUCAUCAUCAUCAUCAUAAUCAUCAUCAUUAUAUAUA